AGCGCGCUCAAUGUGUGCGUAAGAGGAAGCCGCGUGGAGAGGGUACCGUUCUAGGCGAGUGCUAGCUCAAAAUCGUAGCCUUGCUGUGACAGUACAUACAGUGGCACCGGCGGCGAUCGGCGCGGACUGUCGCGUUCAAUCGCAGUGGGUUAGCCGACUGCCACGUAAUUUACACUCGCUGACGCGUCGCAGUCAUGUCGUGCAAGGAGAAUGCCGCUGCUCCGCCGGGUAAAAAGUUAAUGACAACAUGCACAAACGUAUCAGAGCAGGCGCAUCACGUGUCACGGGCAAAGCGAGGCCAGGCGAUCGGCAGCAUCCGCGGCUUCCGCGGUUGCACGGUGUGGCUGACAGGCCUGUCGGGUGCCGGGAAAACUUCCAUCUCGUUCCAAAUGGAGGCGAUCCUGGUGAACCAUGGGAUCCCCGCGUACGGCCUGGACGGUGACAACGUGCGCAGCGGUCUAAAUCGAAAUCUGUCCUUCAGCAAGCAGGACCGUAAGGAGAACAUCCGCAGGGUGGCGGAAGUGGCGAAACUCUUCGCCGACAGUGGGCAAAUUUGCCUCUGCAGUUUCGUGUCUCCCUUCGAGGAGGAUCGGCAAAUGGCUAGACAAAUUCACAGGGAGGCCGACUUGCCGUUCUACGAGGUGUUUGUCGACACGCCCUUGCAAGUGUGCGAGGCUCGCGACACCAAGGGCCUGUACAAGAAGGCCCGCGAAGGCACCAUCAAGGGCUUCACCGGCAUCGAUCAGAUGUACGAGCGACCGGUGCAGCCUGAUCUGGUGGUCAGGACGGAGAACUGCACCCCCGAGGAGUCCGCCUUGGCUGUGAUCGAGUUUCUCGAGAAUAACCACAUAAUUCCACAGCUGGAGAAGCCCUCGGCGCCGAUCCGAGAGCUCUUCGUGUCACAUUCCAGACUGGCCGCUACGAAAGCGGAAGCGGAGACUCUUCAGAGCGUAGAGAUCGGUGAGCUCGACGUCCAAUGGGUGCAGGUUUUGGCGGAAGGGUGGGCGGCGCCUUUAACGGGAUUCAUGAGGGAGCAUCAGUACCUGCAGGCCCAACACUUGCGAUGCCUGCUGGAGGGCGGCAAAGAGAUGAACCAAUCGGUGCCGAUCGUGCUAGCCAUCAGCACGGCAGACAAGGACCGUCUGGAGGGCUCGUUCGCCGUGACCUUGAGGUACCAAGGCAAGGCCCUGGCGAUCUUGCGAAGACCAGACUUCUACUUCCAUCGGAAAGAGGAGCGCUGCUGCUGGCAGUUCGGCACGAAUAACUUGGCGCAUCCUUACGUCAAAAUGAUUCACAAUUCCGGCGACUGGUUGAUGGGCGGCGACCUCGAGGUGCUCGAGAGGAUCCGUUGGCACGACGGCCUCGACAAAUACCGGCUCACGCCCAACGAGAUCCGCAUGAAGUGCCGGAAGAUGCGGGCCGAUGCGGUAUUCGCUUUCCAACUGAGGAACCCUAUACAUAACGGCCACGCGCUGCUGAUGCAGGAUACGAGGAAACGCUUGCUAGAAGAGAGGGGUUUCAAAAAUCCCGUGUUGCUGCUACAUCCGCUGGGCGGUUGGACCAAGGACGACGACGUGCCACUUUACACCAGGAUCCUCCAGCACAAGGCCGUCCUAGAUGAAGGUGUGUUGGACUCCAAUUCCACGCUGCUGGCCAUCUUCCCCAGUCCGAUGAUGUAUGCUGGGCCGAUUGAGGUGCAAUGGCACGCGAAGGCCAGGAUGAACGCCGGCGCGAACUUCUACAUCGUCGGCAGAGAUCCGGCGGGUAUUCCACACCCCGACAAGGACGCUACUCCCGACGGCAACCUUUACGACCCCACUCACGGGGCCCGUGUGCUCUCCAUGGCCCGGGGUCUCCACAGCCUCGAGAUAAUUCCUUUUCGCGUGGCCGCUUACGACAGCAGACACGCCAAGAUGGCUUUCUUCGAGCCCGAGAGGAAGCAGGAUUUCGAGUUCAUUUCAGGCACCAAGAUGCGAGGAUUGGCGAAAGCUGGCCAAGAUCCGCCGGACGGUUUCAUGUCGCCCAAGGCGUGGCAAGUGCUCGCCGAAUAUUACCAAAGUCUUGAUACAAAAUGAACUAAAUAGGUAGAAGCGUUAAUUAAAAUUAAAAGAUUGUUAGAAAUUAUCUUCAAGAAUAUAUGAGCACACUGGGCACACUGGGCUUCAAAACGGUUUCAAAAUACUUUUUUCUUCGAUGCAGUUCGGGAUACAGCGGAAUGGUCUAACGAAAGAAUUCUAAUCUCUGGGAAUUAAUCGAAAGCAAGUUCUCGAUUUGCAUAAAAGAAAAAAUAUGCAAACCGGUUUUGAAUUUAGCGUACAGAAAGUGAGACACAUGAAACUCGAUAUCUUCGUAAGUUGAUAAAGUGAACGGACUUGUGGCCGUCUGACGUUCCUGAGGCAUGAUGUGUACCGAAAUGAGCCAAAAAUUCCCCAAUAUUUGAACAGUCAAAUUCUCUCCCACCCUUUUGAGUGUUCAACACUCCAAAACUGGGCGGGUUUGGGUUUGAAAAUCUCCGAUCUCUUCUACCAAAAUAACAGCCGUGCAACUACAAGCCUACGUACAUUGUAUUUCUGCAGUCUCGAACUUUUUAAAUUAUUUUUUAUUGCUGCUCGUUAUUUACUAGAGACCACUUCCUCUUUUGUAUACAUCACCCUGUAUAUCCACGACGAUUACACAGUGUGUAAAAUAGAGUUUCACCUUGUACAAAUGAAGAUCGCAGAGUUUAAUAUUUUCUAUGUAGGUAGAAAUAAAAAGGAAUUAUGUGUAUAUAUAUACACACAUAUACAUAUGCAUAUUA